GUUGCCGACACCAUGGCUGUUUUAGGGAAAUGGUUUAAAGCAUUGGUUGGCUUAAAGAAGUCUAAAAAGUUAGUCUCUUCGGAUAAGGAGGAAUCUAUGGCUUUUUUUUUUCAAGUUUUGAUUUUGAUAGCUUCGAUGUGUUGUUGUUCUCAGACCUUCAUAAUGGACAAU